AUGGCGUAUCCUCUACCACCAAAGAUGAAGAAACCGGAUAUGAAGCCUUAUGACAAUUUCGCCAACCCAAUUGACCAUAUAGAAUUGUAUGAGGGAUUGAUGGAACUUAGUGCCAUGGGGGACAAAAUGAAAUGUCGGGCUUUCUCGGUGACUUUAAAAGGUCGAGCAAGAUCUUGGUAUCGGCAGCUAAAAUCGAAAUCCAUAGCCUUAUGGAUACAAUUGAGGAAAGUCUUUAUUAAUCAGUUCUCGGCUCAGCAUGACCGGAAGAAGUCGGAUACCCAUCUGUUGACCAUCUUCCAAGAGGAAGGUGAGUCGCUACAUGAGUUUGUAGGAAGGUUUGUGACGGAAAAGAUAAAAGUUUUGGAUUGUUCGAAUGAUGUGGCCAGAAUGACAUUCAUGUCCAUCAUAAACACUCCCAACUUAAUUCAGUCCUACGCAUUACAACCGAAGCGUACUUAUACUGAAGCCAUUCAACGAGCUCGGAAGUAUAUGCAUGCUGAAGAUGUGCUUAAAUAUAAACAGCUCCAGCACCAGACCACAACUUCAAAGCAUGUACGAGCUCGGGGCCAAAGUUCCCAGUCUAAAAAGAGCCAUUCGGGUAGGGAUGACCGAAGGAAGGCGAAUUUUGAUAGCCGACCACGACAAGAGUGUACCAUACCAGUAUAUGAUCGAUGA